AUGGCCGACGAGUCUAGAAGUGGUCAACUAUCAGUGAGUGAAUUUUAUCAAGAGCCUUCGAAGCUGGGCCAAAUAGUUGCAGAUCAUGAUUGCCGAGCAACUUUAUGCGGUAAAAAUAUGAUAUUCAUUCCAUUUAAAAGAAUCAAUGCUCCAUUUUUACAUAAUAAUUGCAUACGACGUUGUUCUUGUAUAUCUGAAGAAUACGAGGAGCUUGAUGGUAAAUGUAUUAAAAGGAAUAUUCCAACUGAAGAAACUACUAUCUUAUUUUCGAAGGUAACAAAUCACACUGAAAUUUGUCAAAAAUAUAAAUGUUCACUUGGCCAAAGAAUUCACGACGCUAAAUGUCAUUUAAAUGGAUUAAAAUGCGGUACCAAUAUGGUGUUCGAAUUGGUCGAAGUGAUAAAUGUUAUUCUCGAUAUUGGAUGCAUGCUUGACGGUCGUUCAUGCGGACCAAAUAUGAUUUUUUCAGCAAUUCAAAAGGGCAAGUAUCGUAUUUCUUUUAUUGAAUAUUCAAAAUGCAUCGUUCAAUGUUUAUGCAUGGCUGGAUAUGUAGAAGAAGAUGGUCAAUGUAUUAAAUCAGUGGAUAAUGAAAAUUCCGUCGAAAAUCCGUGCAAAAAGACCAAAUGCGCUCUCGGCAUGGCAGUUAUUGAUGUAGGUUGUUAUUUAACUGGACGUAAAUGCGGAAAGAAUAUGGUGUUCGUACCCCUUACAAAAAAUUUACGAAAUGAAGGUCAGGCAAAAAUCUGUAUGCAACGAUGUAGUUGCGAGAACGACGAUUUCAUUGAAGGAGUUUUUAAAUGCAAAAAAACGGAAAAAUCAACCAUAUCAAAUAAUUUUAUGAACGAAGUUAUGGCCGACGAUCAAACAAAACCGCCAGAUGGCAAGUACGAUAGCUUUUCAAACAUAUUUUAUUCAAUUUAG